AUGGCGGGGCGGCUCCCUGCCGUGCCGGAGGCGAGUACGGACGGCGCCAAAGCUGACCACCCGCCGGUGGUGGGACUCUACCGCGACCGGAUCCAGGCCGUCUCCGUGUCCGGCGUGUGGAGAAGAUCGAUUAUCUUCGGUCAUGGCGGAUCCGGCAGCUCCAGUGCUUCGAAUUCUUGCCCCUCCGACAACUCCGGCUACUCCUCCGGUUCAGCUUCCGCCGUUGCGCUGGAGCGCUUCGGCAACCAAGACUUCGGGAGGAUUGCUCGCCAAAUGGUCAGCGACGGGUACACGGGGCGCAUGGUUGAAGAAUUCGUCGAGGUAUCUCCUGCACCAGCACUCAAAUUCGGUGGUAGCCCGGACCAUGCCCUGAAAAAUUGGUUCUCGGAGCUCGACGUCGACUGGGUUCUCCAAAUCCACGACGAGCCAGGCUUACGACAGCUGCUUCGAGACAAGCCGGCGUCAACCCUGCAAGAUUUGGUCGAGAGGUGGAUUCGGGCUCUUACCGUAAUUGUCGCCAAUAUCACUGAGUUGUUGUUCGCCUUCUACACUACGCCGGCGGUCGUACAGUUUAGCAAAGCGAGCAUCACCGAGUUGUUUGAUGUCGUGGAUGUCAUCAUCAUCGUCCUCGAAGCGGAGAAGCUGCAGGCCGUGCUUGACAUGUUUACCUGUGUCUGUGGUGUGUCGCACAUAUUUACGCCGGUCCUGAUCUCUCCAAAACACCCAAGCGUUUUGAACGAGUUAGGCGGCAUGUUAGAAAGGCAAGGAAACAGGCUAAGCGAGGUCAUAUCAAGCACGAUGGAGGAGGUGAGGAAACUCGUGGAGGAAGAUGACUCAUGGGCUAUCGAGAUCCUGCGAGGAGGAGGUGAGGUUCACAACAACACUCGGUUCAUCAUGGAUUGCAUAGUAUCCAUGUCGAAUGCGUGGACUUCAAUGCGUAACUCUGCACCAAGGCACAAUAUUGCUAACCUUGAUAGCCUGAUCUAUCGCACAAUCGAUUAUCUCAAGGGUCUGCUUUACACAAAAUCGGGGUCAUGCUCGGAUCAAAGCCUCCGGUAUCUGUUUCUGCUCAAUAAUUCAUAUUUCAUAGCUCAUGUGUUCUCUCAGUCAUCAGGAUCUUUCAAUCCUCUGAUGUCGAACCUCCUGACACUUAAAUUGGCACCUGCAUCUGAGUGUAGGAAGUACAUGGAUAGUUAUCUCGAUGUUUCAUGGGGACAUGUGCUCUCUUGCAUACCAAAAUCGAGAUUUCCUGGACCCAUCCAUCGUUGGAUCAACACCUCUUCACUGGUGAAAUUCGAGUCAGCAUUUCACAAAACUUACCAGACUCAGAAGUUGUGGAAGGUUCCGGACCCUGAGCUUAGAGAUGCGCUGCGGAUGGCUAUUACCGAAAGAGUCAUUUCAGGUUACCGUGACUACCUGGAGGAGCAUCCGGAGCUAGGGAAACACGUUGGCUGCCAAAGCAGCAGUCCUGAAGUUUUGGAGGGGAUGUUGGGAGAGCUAUUUGAAGGAUGA